AUGGCAGCUGCAACAGACGAGUUGAUUCUCUUGGAGAGGGUUUUCCUGUGUUUGGGAAGUGCCGAAACAGACGAGCAACUGCAGGCCUCAGUAUGCAAAUUCCUGCCCCCAGUUUUACUAAAACUCUCCAGUCCCCAGGACGGAGUGAGGAAGAAAGUGAUGGGUCUUUUGAUUCACAUCAACAAACGAGUGAAGAGUCGACCAAAAGUUCAGCUGCCCGUUGAAGCACUGUUGCUGCAGUACCAAGACCCAGCAGCCAGUUCCUUCGUCAUAAACUUCACGAUAAUCUAUAUAAAAUUGGGCUACCCCCGAAUGGAAAUGAAGAAGCAGGCGGAAUUGGUGCCAAGUGUCUUGAACGCAAUCGAGGGUAAACCCCUGCCUCACCAGGAUAGUCUAAUGCUCAUAAUUAUGCCAGCACUGGGUCACAUUCAGGCCCCAAUGAGUGCCGAGAAGCGAGCAGCACUGCUGGGUCUCCAAGACAAACCCUAUGUUGCAAAGCAACUAAUAAAAUUCAUGCUGGACAUGCUCCUCCUACCUUACGGUUCAGUCGGUCAGACAGACGGUCAGCAGGCUGGACAGCCCAUCGACUGGUCGAAGUUCCCUGUCCCCCCAGGUCUCAGUGAAUAUUCCUUCAAAAGAGUUAUCGGCGAGACUCCACCCCUCCCUGAACAACUCGAACAAGUGAAACUGGGAAUUGUCAAAUUCCUAGCCUCCGGAUUCUUUCCAGAAUCUGAUAUCCUGAUCCACCUGAUUGUCGCAGCUGCUGACACAAGAUUCAGUGUCGCCAACUUAGCUGACAUGGAGCUGAGGAAAAUCGUCAGCUCCCUCGACUGGUCCUCUAUGUCCUUAGCCCUUCCCCUCUAUACUCUGUUCCUCGGAUCCAGCGGUUUCACAACCCAAAAAGUCAUUAAACCAGAAAUGAAGCGGUUGGCAGCGAAUACGAGGAUUCGACUGAAGCUGCUCCAGUAUUUGUGCCGAGUCAGCAAAGGUGGGCUCGUCAUUCCACCAGCAAUUCAAGUUGUUUUCGACUCUCUCUACGGUAACAACACAAACAAGAAGUUGAAAUCCCUGGCACUGGAGUUUGCCCUCAACAUGGUGCAGCAGUGCACAUUGGGGCCAUUGAGCAGAGUAGCUGGAGUCAUUCUCAAAGGAAUGAUAAAACUCAUCGUCGAGGGUGAAGUCGAGCAUCAAUCAAUGGCUUACACGAUAGUCGGUCAGUUGGGUCAGCGAAUUCCAAGUUUGGUGAACAAAGAUGUCAGAUUAGUGGACAAGUUCUUCGAUGCUCUGACCACCACUGAUGGUGAAUUGAGGAGAACAGUCAGGGAUGCACUCGUAGCGAUGGCUUCUUCAUUCGUCCUCGAUCGUGAUAAUGAACAGGGGAUCACCCUGAUGAAUUCCUUGCUCUCUGCUCACAUUGAGUCGGAGGAACCCAACGUGAGGUACGUCGCAGUUCACUACGCAGCGACGGUUUUUCCCUCUGAUGAUGCCCCCUCCAGGUACCUCCUACUCCUGGCCUGUGGCGACGAGAAGAAUGAAGUCGCCUCUGAAGCUGUCAAAGCCCUCUAUGGAACAGCCCACAGAAAUGCACGAGACAAGCUCGAUGAGAAGGAAUUGUUCCUCCCUGAUUUUCCUCAACUCGUUUUGUACAUAAAUUGGCAGAUGGGCACCAGAAUCACCUCGAAACGCGUGAUUAGAGUUGGAAAUCACACAUUGCCAUACAAUAUCGCUACCUUCAACGAAAUUGUUUCGUACCUUCGCUUGUGUUUAGCCAAGAGUGCAGGUGUCAGGAUACAAGGGGGCCUGAGUGACAGUCAUCCCUGCGAGCAUACGCCCCUGAUUGGUCGCUAUCUCAAGGAGCUUUUGAAGAAAGACAAGAAGUCCAUCGACGCCUAUCUCGAGAUUAUAAAAUGCUUGAACCAGGCGACCUCUGACACAGUCCCCCUCUACGCUCUUUUGGAAGUAAUUGGCUCAAUUUCUCCAGAAAUGUCUGAUAAAUUUACUGAAGAGUUGCCUUUCCUCAGGGGUCUCCUUGCCUCGACGAAGGCAGAGGUGCGAGAGUUGGCUGGCAAGAUUCACGCAAUUGUAAUGGCGCAUCAAUCGAAGCCUGAGGAGUUUGAGACUCGUGUGAAUGAAUUAAUUACAGCAACGAAGCAUAAGACACUUGAGAUUCAACAUGGUGCUCUGCUGGCUCUGUCAUUCAUGUUUGAGCGAAAGUUAUUCCUCAAAAAAACGACAGAUACUAAAGAAUCUAUUCUGACCUGGAAGCCUUAUGUAGACGGAGUGAAAACAGUCUUCGAAUUUCUGAAGAGUAGCACAAUUUUAUUGCUGGAAGCAGCAGCUCAAGGAAUCGGAAAUGUCGGAAAAAGUUAUUCUCUCCCCCUGAAGGACGACGACGCUGAUAACCCCAGUAAGAAGUGCCUGGUCGAGACUCUCUUUGGGAUUCUAAAAAACGCGAAGAUGACUCACAGGAUCAAGGAGAACGCAGCAACGACCCUGGGGUUGUUGUGCAUUGGUGAGGAUUUUCCACAUACGAAAGACAUAAUCGAGAAGUUUCUGGAGCUGACGAAAGAAACCAAGGAUUCUUCAGUUCACUUCAUCAUAGCAGAGGCCCUCGUGCUCUCUGUUCAAGGCCCAGCAGCAACAGAAGCUCGUGACGCUUGGGUGCAGCUCCCAGACGAGCACCAGGUGCCCUUCACCCCCCAGAACGACAAUUUACUCGAAUAUCUGGUGGAUCGUUUGCUGAAAAUUGCCAGUGAUCCCCAUCCAAACUCUCGUCAGGCUGUCUGUAUCUGGCUGUUGGCUAUCCUUCGACGAAAUGCCAAGAGGAAACACAUCCUGGAUCGACUCUCGGCCAUCCAAAACGCCUUCAUGGACUUUUUAUCAGAGAACAACGACGUCGUCCAGGAUGUAGCAUCAAAAGGUAUUUGCCUGGUUUACGAUACGAGCGAGGUCAGUCAGAGGGAUGCUCUCGUCUCAAAUCUCCUGAGUCAACUGUCCGAGGGCAGGAGGACAGUAGCUCAAAUCACACCAGACACCAAAUUAUUCGAAGAUGGACAGCUGGGGAAGGCUCCAACAGGUGCUAAUAUCUCCACGUACAAGGAGAUUUGCUCUCUCGCUUCGGAUCUCAACAAUCCAGGCUUAAUCUACAAAUUUUUACAAUUAGCUAAUCACAAUGCUGUCUGGAAUUCGAAGAGAGGCGCUGCUUUCGGAUUCUCCGCCAUUGCAAGUGUCGCCAAGGAUGAGCUGAAUAAAUAUCUCCCAAGUAUUGUCCCAAAGUUGUACAGGUAUCAGUUCGAUCCCACUCCGAAGAUUCAACAGAGCAUGGCGAGCAUUUGGCACGCUAUUGUUCCAUCGACUCAGAAAGUCUUGGAACAGUAUCACGACGAGAUCCUCGAUGAUCUGACUCUCAAUCUGACGAAUCAUCUGUAUCGAGUGAGAAUCAGUUGCUGCGAGGCACUAGCUGAUGUUCUAAAAUCAAAUGCACCUAUUGACUAUGUCAAGCAUGCACCAGAAAUCUGGAAACAGUUAUUCCGCGUUAUGGAUGACAUUCACGAAGAGACGAGACAAACGGCUACGAGAACAGCUAAACUCUUCAGCAAAGUCUGCAUUCGCCAGUGUGACCCGAUGUAUGGCAAGUCUGGAGAGCAAAUUGUUCAGGCUAUUUUGCCAGUUUUCUUGGACAUUGGGAUUGUUCACACUGUGACAACUGUCAGAGCACUUUCUGUUCAGACAGUGGCGCAGUUGGUGUCCACUGCUGGUCCUCUGUUGAAACCAUCUCUCGUUAAUUUGAUCCCUGCCCUUCUAACCGCCACAGAUCUCGAGAAUACGAAACUCACCUACAUGAGCAAUGCAUAUGGGGUGCAGUCGGACAUUCAGGAAGCCAUUGACAGUGUUCGCACUAGUGCUGCCAAGAGCCAUUACGCAACAGAAACGUUGAAGAAGUGCACUCAGUACAUUGAUGGGCCCAUUCUCAAGGAGUUGAUGCCCAAAGUUAUCGAGCUCAUUAAAUCGAGCAUUGGACUGGGAUCGAAAGUCGCAAUCUCCCACUUCCUGAUAUUUUUGAUAAUUCAGUCGAAGCAGGAACUGCAGCCCUACGCUGGGAAAAUUCUAACAGCCCUUAUGAAUGGCUUGAUGGAUCGAAAUGCAGCUGUUAGGAAGACGAAUGCUGUGACGAUUGGACAUGUUGUUGGCUCAGCUAAAGAUUCUAGUCUAGAAAAAUUAUUCAAUACUUUGAACACUUGGUACAUGGAGAGGGAGGAUGACUCCAUCAGAUUGGCGAUUGGGCAGGCACUGCAAUCUAUUAAUAAUCAGAAUCAUGAGGUUUUGAAGAAAUUCUCAGACAUUGUCAUGCCUCUCACGUUUUUCGCAAUGCAUGCGAUCAAAGUUCCGGGGAAUGAGAAUACGAUUGAACUGUGGACGGAUCUCUGGGGUGACAUCGCCCAUGGGACUGAGUCUGCUAUAAAGCAAAAUUUGACAUUGAUAACGAGUAAAUUGAACUCAGCCCUUGAAUCAGCCUCUUGGACUACAAAAGCACAGGCAGCGAAUGCAGUGUCGACGGUUGCGACGAAAGUGGGAUCGAGUAUGGAUGAAAACUCGAGAAAUGGUCUCCUGAAGAUUUUAGUCAAUGGCCUGCAGGGAAGGACGUGGAAUGGAAAGGAGAGACUUGUUCAUGCUCUGGCCACAUUGGCUUGCAACAGCAAGGAGGCAUUGAGUAAAGACCCAGAGCUAAUACUGACCAUUACUGAGGCUCUUUACAAAGAGAGUAGGAAAGAAAAUCUCGAGUAUCGUCGUCAUGCUCUGAAAGCUUUUGCUGACGUCCUGCAUGAGCUGGAGGUCGACCGGUUUACGCAGCUUUACGACAUUGCUCAGGAUAUUUUGAUUAAGAUUGCAAAGAAGAACGAUGAUGAUGAUAGCGACAAUCGUGCGACUGAGGAGAGUACUAAGAAGAGGGAAGAUCAAAUGAAACUGCAGGAGACUGUGUAUGAAGCACUGGGCAAGGCCUGGCCUUCCUCAAUUGAGAGUAAAUUAACUCAAGAUGAAUAUUCCGUGCAGUUCGUCACUCACUGUCACGAGACAUUGGCAAACAGCACGAGGCCCAUCCAGGUUGCGAUCAUGACCACACUGACCCUAUUCGUCGAAAAACUAGUUCUUCUAAAAUUGACUACUCCAGAAUUAACGGAAAAUGACAAAGAAAAAGUGUGCAAAAUUUGUGAGACACUUCAUCAAAUACUGAGAGUGUCCAUAGGGAUAUCAAAGUACACGAGAAUUCGUAAAGAGGCUCUCAACAUAAUUCUGAUUCUCUCGAAAAAACUAAUAGAUCAAAGUAACACUAAACAAUUGGAAAAAGUGAAGACUCUAUUUUGCGAACUAUUGCCUGAGCUCUCUAAGGACAAUCAACCAGAAGUAAGAACAAGAGUGGCUGAUAUUAAAGCGAUGCUGCAGAUAUGAAAGAAAGACUAAAAAUCGUGAAUCACAAAAAAUUAAAAAGAACUGCUUAUAACAACUCAACAAUAAUUCUAAUGAAUUCAGAGAAGUUCGUGAAAUUAUUCAACUUACUAUUACUACAUAUAUAUUGUUCUGUAUAUAUAUUCAGUUAAAAAUAUCAUUGAAUUUAUUUUCAAUUUAUAAAUCUUGUUUAUUCUCAAUGACAAUUUCUACUUGCUUGAACAUCGCAAGUAGAAAAUGACACAUUGCAAUAUUUUGUAUGGAAACUGAUUUUUUUGGGCGGAGGAUGUACAUUUAAACAUUCUUACGAAAGAGGCUGUAUUGAAAUAUAACUUAAUUUAACACACCUGUA